CUAGUGAGUGAAUCGGUUCAACCAAUGUCGCCGCUGCUCUGUAUUCAAGUUGCAGACCCCAGAGUAGUGAAGAAGUCAUGGCGCAUCAAUUAGACCCACACGACUUGAAACGCGGGAGAGACGAAGCUUUUCACGCGGGAAAUGGAAUUACGACGGAGAAGAUCGCUGCGAAAGCUCUGGCGUCAUAUAUCGUCGCAGGGAGGGACAGAGAUUCGGAUCACAUCACUCACUCAUUCCUCAACCGGCGCCGUCGCGAUUGAUUUCUUUCUGCGUCUUUUCCUCCGUGCUGAUGGCAGAGCUAAGCCACAAGAAUAUCAAUCGCCGGCCGCCGGCGCUACGGCGACGGACUUGUUCAGAGCCGACGACCCACGAAGAGGCAGAAACUAGGGUCUAAUACAAGUGAUCUUCUUUUACUCCGUUACCCUUCUUUCUUGCUCCAGUUAUGCAAUUUUGGCCGUCCAUUACAAAUGCAAAGGAAGACCUGAACAGUAAACAGAUAACCAUGCUUUUUAUAUUCCUACCCAAGUAAGCCCGGCCCUCCAAUUCGAAAUUCCCUUCAGAGAAGCAGAGUACCCACCGCUCUCAUUUUGAUUUCCGGCAUGCCCGUGAUGGGAAAGCUAGGCAAAAGGAGGGAGUCGGAUCGCCGCUGCGACGACGAAGAAGAACAACUUGCUCUGACUCCGAGCCAGCCAAGCAAGAGGCAGAAGAAACUACUCAUCAGUACCAACGAUCUCCUGAUUCUUCCCACCAAACUCUGUAACUGGCUCCGCCACAAAUUCGUCCGCCCUCUUCACUUCACGCCCCCUUCUUCUUCUUCCUCCUCCUCCUCCUCCUCGGAUUUGAUUCCUUUCGGUCACAACAGCAGCAAUAGCAGUGGCGCAUCUGGUCCCGGAUUGAGCAAAUACGACGCCUUCAUCAGCUUUAGAGGAGCCGAUGUCCGGAACUCCUUCCUCAGCCACCUCUACUAUCACCUCCACAAUUUGCAGAAAUUGGCGGUCUACAAAGACGAUGUGGAUCUGGAGAGAGGGGAGCAGAUCUCGCCGUCGCUCUUGCUGGCAAUCCAGAGAUCCGACGUCUAUAUUGUGGUUCUCUCCCCCAAAUACACCGAUUCGCCCUGGUGCUUGGAGGAGCUCGAGGAGAUUCUCCGCUGUAUGAAGCUGCACGGACGGAGGGUUAUACCGGUUUUCUACGGCGUCGACCCUUCUGAGGUCGAAAACCAGAAGUUGCCCUCCGCUACUGCUUGGAGAAUUCGAAGCUGGAGAGCUGCAUUGAGCGAGGUAGCCAACCUCUCCGGAUUCGAUUCUCAGGUCAUCAGACCUGAGACUAAACUCAUCGAGGAGAUCGUCAAGGCUGUAUUCCAGGCAAUACACUACAGCUGCAGCCAGAUGGUAAAAUUUCCAGCAUAUUCGGCUAGCAGAGGUUUGGUCGGAGUAGAGAGGCAGAUAGAGCAAUUACAAGCCUUGUUGUGCUCCGAUGGGAGGAGUAAUUGGACGAUAGGACUGUGGGGGAUGGGUGGCAUUGGGAAGACUGCUCUUGCUAAGGCUUUCUUCGACCUAUUCUCUUGUCGUUUCGAAGCUUCCUACUUCUUCAGCAAUUUUACCGACACCAUCUCUGGAGGGCCGUCUCUACAGCCAUUUGGUAAUCUGCAAAAUCACUUGUUUUCAAAGCUGUUGGGCGAUGGGAAUGGCAGAGCUGGUGGUGGAGCAGUAUCCUAUGGUAUGGCGGUUCACCGCCUUAGUCGUAUGAAGUCAUUGGUCGUGAUUGAUGAUGUAGGUAACGAUGUGGGCGAGAUUGGACCACUGAAGGAUAUGUUGAAUGGACAGUACUGCAAUUUAUUUGGUCCAGGGAGUGUAAUCAUCAUGACUGGAAGGAACAAACAACUUCUUAAGAAUGUUUGUGAUCAUGUAUAUGAAGUCAAGGGUCUGGACUGUGAAGAAGCCUCUGAACUUUUCUGCUUGCAUGCCUUCAGAGGGGAAAGUGCCCAAAUUGAGUAUCUGGAUAUGGUCGAGAGAGCAAUACGCUAUGUUGAUGGGAAUCCGUUAGCAAUCACCAUUUUGGGAGCACACUUAUUCGGCCGGGACCUCCAGUUUUGGGAUCGUGAGUUAGGUGCCUUGGAAGACAAUCCAAACUCAGUGGUUCAGAAUGUUUUGAGAAGGAGUUAUGAUGGAUUGAGCCGAGUAGAGAAAGAUAUAUUCCUUGAUCUUGCAUGCUUUUUUCCAUAUUGGAGACAUCUCAAACUAGUGUACAUUGAGGAAAUAAUGGGUUUAGAAUGUGGGAGAGUGAACCUCAUCACUAACCUUGUGGAUAAGUCUCUUAUAAGCAUUAAUGUAGAUGAGGGCUACAUAGAAAUGAAUAGUCUGCUACAAGACCUUGGUCGCUACAUCGUAGAUGAAGAAUGGCAAAUUGAAAAACGUUCGAGGUUGUGGAGAUCUCAAGAUCUUUAUUAUCUAUUCCGAGAGAACAAGGGGACCGAAUCCACCGAAGGUAUUCUUUUAUUGGACAACCAGGGAUACAAGGAACAUAUCUUACUCUUGCAACCUGACACUUUUACAAGGAUGAAGAGACUGCGAUUCCUUAUUAUUAGUAAUCAAGCAAGCAGUCUAGUUUUGCCGAAGGAUGGGUUGAACUGUCUACCAAACACUUUGAGAAUUCUUGAUUGGUAUUCUCUUACUUCGAAAUGUUUGCCAUCUCAAUUUUCUGCUGAAAAUCUUAUCACACUUAACAUGACAAAUAGCCAGAUUGAACAACUUUGGGAAGGCGAUGAACUUGACGCUGAUUUGGGGAAUUUGAAAUUCCUUAAUCUUCACGGAUCGGAAAGUCUAAGAAAGUUGCCUGAUCUCUCCACGGCUAAAAAACUAAAAGAAAUUGAUCUUCCUUUCUGUACGAGCUUAGUGGAGCUUCCCUCCUCAAUUUUGUAUCUCCCCAAGCUGGAGUCCCUCAAUUUGUGGGGUUGCAGCAGCCUAAAGUUGGAGAACUUGGAAGACUAUGCAAACAGCAACCCAGGACCAAGUACAGGUCAUCAUGACAUUUUACCCAGCCUGAGAGAGUUGGAUCUAAGCUACACACCAAUCCAGAAGGUUCCAAAUUUUAUCACCCGGUUGCAUAUUUUGGAACUCCAAUGCUUGAAGUGCACUAAGUUGACUGAGUUUCCAGUCAUCCCAAGCCUGGAGAGCUUCACCUUGACUCGUAGUUUGAUCAAAGAGGUGGUUGAGUUGGAAAAGUUGACAGAGCUGAAGUUCCUCCGUCUUUCGGACAACGAACAACUUGUUCUCGUCUCUGGUGAUUUAUCUAAAUUGAAAUCUCUGGAAGAGAUUCACCUCGAUGAUUGUAGCAAGCUGUCCAGCCUUCCCGAAAGCUCUGGUAUUCUAAUGCGUAUGGAGAGUCCCAUAGGAUUGUUUAAGUUAAGCCUCCAGCGUUGCAAGAGUCUAGCAAGACUUCCUGACAGCAUUGGUAAUCUAAUGAAUUUGGGAAGUCUUGAUCUACGUUGCACAGCUGUGAAAGAGCUGCCAUCCUCCGUUGUAAAUAUCAUACGACUAUCUGAAUUGAUCCUCCAGGAGUGUAAGAGCCUAGCAUGCCUCCCUGACACCAUCCACAAACUCACCAAUUUGAAUACACUCAAUCUGUUUGGUUGUGUUCAACUAAGGAAUUUGCCAGAGCUUCCUCCAUCUUUGAAAAAUUUGGAUGCACAUGGUUGCAAUUCACUUCAAACCCUGUCAAUUGGCACUGUCGAGAAACAUGACUUCUCGAAUAUAGAUUGGUGCUUUGGCCAGUGCUGGAAGUUGGAUCCAGUAGUGUACAAUAAGCUUGUGGACAAGUUCACACAGGAUUCUGUUCGAAACUAUUACCGUUCGAGCCUCUUACUCCCUGCAAAAUGGGGUGGUGAAAGUGGUGAUGAAGAAGGACAUCCGUGGAAGUGGUAAAAAUAACACAACAGUGACAGCAAAGCUGCGUGGACAUCCGUGGAAGUUGAAGGCACUAGUUUUCUGUGUGGUGCUCAACUCCCCUGAUCCCCUUAAUAAGGACGACUGGUUCCUUGUUGAGUGCAUGAUGUUCAACAAUAAGGACAAUGCCGGAGCUGAAGUUGUGAGCGAAUGCAGUUGGAAACAUUUCGGAGAAUAUGACGAUGAUGAGCAGGAGGAGCGCCUCUUGAAUGGUCACUUCUUAAUAUGGUCUACUACUAUUUCAUCAAGAAAAAAAGUAUGGUCCGCUGAACCACUUGUCAACAGGAACAAUGCGGAUGGCUCUUGUACCGUUGAAUUGUUCUUUCGCUGCAGGUAUUAUGGCGGGACCCGUGAGAUACUCGACUUGAUCAAGAAUUGUCUGGUUAUUCCGGUUUACGAUGACAGAGUAGUCACAGACGAAGACGAGGAAGAAGAAAAAGAUGAUGAUGACGACGACGAUAAUGAAUCUCCAAAUAACUCCCUGGGUUUAUAUGAUCAGUUGUGUGCUCACCCACCAGCGGUGAAGUGCUUUACAGAGGUAAAUGGAACCCUACUUCAUCAGCUAAUUGCUGCUGCUUGAAUUUUGGUUCUUCUGUUUAAAACCCAUAUUCAGUUGGAGCAUGACCUGAAGUUCUCUCAUUCAUAUGUUUCUUUCUGUGUUUCCAGGAUACAUGAAACUACAUGUCAAAUACAAGCUGCAUCGACAUUCGGAAAGAGAUGUUUGGUUCUUCCUGGGCAUGUCUGCUUGAGAGGAAGGUUUGAUGCUUAGCAGCAGAAGAAUCGCAGAUCCUUGCCAUUGGGAGCCACGGAUGUGCUGAUGUUCAAGUCUCAAGUCACGACCUCAUACGACCAAGCUGAUUAAGUCUCAAGUCAUGAAACAAUCUACUUCUCAUCACCUAAUAAUCUCGAGAAGAAGUUGUUUUGCGGAUUUUCAAACAAAUGCGGCGAGUAACUUGGUUGAUCUGCAAAGUUGGGGAGGAAAUAGCAAGUUUCGAAUUGACAAGAGAACCGAUCAAAUAUAGCUUUGGCAAGGGU